CGUACAUCGAUGUAUUGAGGAGAAAAAUCCCUUGCAACACCGAGAAACAGUCAAUAAAGCGAUCAUGAAUCAAUAAAGCCACAGAGAAAGUUCUCCCCUAUACACACAUGCCCGCCCAUAGAAUGAAUGCAACCAAGUGCGACCACCACUGUGUGUGCGUCGCUCACGCGCCCGUUCGCACCUGAGCACGCCAUGCAUACCCACAUCGUCUGUCUGUCUGUCUCUCUGCGACAACAAAUACAAUGUGCAUCCUUCAUCAUCCAUUCAUCGCUCCACAAACUUAGUGCCUCCCUGUCUGUCUGUCCAUGCACUAGUGAUAAAGAGACACGUACAUGCACCAUGCACCCACACAGGCCAGGCGCAGGCAUGCCUCACCUGUGCCACCGGUGGCAGCACGUCUAGAUAUCAGCCAUCCAUCCAUCCAUCCAUCCACAAACCCAUAAAGCGCACCAAAUCAGCACGGUAGGUUGAUAGAUGUCAAAAAACGACUUGCUGCCACCCACACGCACCUGAACAAAACGGUGACCGACCUCCCCACCCACGCUGCCACUCAAUCACACGCACCGAGGGAAUACGCCAUCGUGUGCUGCGUGUACCAAUUCACCCAUCCGCCAUGGCUCCAUCCAUCCGCCAUCCAAAUGACAGUCACCAGAAUAGUGGCCAUUUCCUCCGUGGCGACAGGUUGUUGAUGAGCAGGCCGACGACGCCCAGCACCACCCAGCCGAUGAAGAAGGAGAACAACCACAUCGACAGCUCCACCUUGGGCGUCGCCGCCACAAAAGCCACGGCCGCACUCGCCGCUGGCGGACAGGUGAUGCCUGUAGGUGAAAAGCAUACCCGGGUUGGCGUGUCUGUGUCCGUGUCUUCUGUGAGUACCGAAGAAGGCCAUUCCUGCGAUGAUGAUAGUCAUGGUGAGGCUCACGCCCAGCCAGUAGGGCAAGAAGGCUGGCAAGACAAACGUGUCACCUGAUUCGAUUUCACGUGCGCAUCAAAACACCCACACACAUGACAUGAGUGGUGGACAAACCGACAUACGACCUCACGAGCUGAGCGUGUCUGUCAGUGUGCGCACCUUCGUCACCGGUAAGCAGCACUUCCAGCGGUUCGUCGCGAUGCGGCCCGAUGCCGUGGGUGAAGAAGGCAAACACCGACGCAACCGUCAAGGCAUACCUGCACACACACACACACACACAUAUUUCUGUCUGUCUGUGUGUCUGUCUGUGUUGAGGACACCCAAACACUUACAGUGUUGAAAGCAGCAGGAUCCGUGGCUGGCCAAAUGGAGACGACGGCGCCGUGAAAUACAUGGUCGCCUGCGAGCCCGCAUCAGCAGACAGGUACACACAUCCACCUGUGUCCCUCCCUCGCAGCCUGUGUCAGUCUCACCAUGGCUCCAAACGGCCCAAUCAGGUGGAAGGAGCUCUCGUCGAUGAACGCCCCCUUGAUGACGGCCGUCAGCAGGCUGAACGUGACGAAGACCUCCAGUGCAGCCAGCAGGCAGUGCCCCCCAUCCAGCGGCCUCGCCCGCUGCCCCUUGCCGCCCCGCCAUUUCUUGAUGUAUCGCCGGCAGUAGGCCCGCGGGUGUGCCGACAGCUUCCUGUACCGCUCCCUGAUGUAGUCCGCCCAGCUCAGCUGCUGGGUCCGCGCCUCCCAGCUGAGCAGCCGCUGUGCCGACUUCGCUGACUCAUCCAGCGUGGGUUUUCUGGUCGGGGGGACAGUAGAUGUGGAGGGUGCGGGCGCGGGCAGGGCGGUGGGGUGCUGCGCCUCCUGCUCCCGCAGCUCUUGCAGCCUCCUCGUGUGCCAGACGAUGUGGUGCAGCUUCCGCCACCCAUAAGACACCACUGCCGCCCGAUGCCGCCUCAGUGCCGUCCUGGCAGCGCACAUCCGCAGCUCCCACUGGAGGGCUCGCAGGGCGGUGUCGAGGUAGGCCUCGACCAUGGGGCUCUUGACGCCCACUUUGUCCUCGUCGACGCGCCACUCCUUGCGGGUGUAGAAGACGAACACGGCCACGAGGGCCCGCUUGUCCUCAAACACGGGGAGGCUGUCGUAGUGGAAGUGGCUGGCCAUCAGCAGCGGGCUGUUUGCCGCCAUCUCCCGCUCCAGCUGCUCCAUCCCCGAGAUGCGCGGACCACUGGUGUUGUUGUUUGACCCCGCCGUAACGCCCAGCCGCCUGCGCAUCGAGAAGAUGGGGACGGCCAGGCUUGUGUGGAAGAGCUCGCCCGCGAGAGUGUCCAUGGGCGUGGAGGGGUUCUCGGGGUCAUCGAACAGCCUGUCGAGUAUGCACCACUCCCUGGUGCCCUGCUGCCAUGCCCGGCCGGCGGGGCCCUGGCCAACGGUGAGGGUGACGUCUUUGUCCUGCGGCAUUGACGCGAAGGCCUGGAGCUUCUCUGGGUCGUCCCCAGCGCCGCUGUUGUGCCGGAUGACCACACUGUUGGGUGCCUGCCGCAACGCACCGGGCUGCUCAUGAUCGGGCUGCCACAUCUCGCCGUAGAUAAAGCCGCAGUCGUGCAGGAUAUUCUCAAGCUGCACCUGCAGGCACCGUUGAACCUGAUCACACACACACACACACAGGCACGAACACAAGUAUAGUGUCUGAGUGGUGAGACCACCCCAGCGCGUCUACCUGUGUCACGUCAUCUUUGCCGACCGCCUCAUUGGACGCGCAGCCGAGAGAGGGGUGUGAGGGCAGCCUUGGGCUGGAGGGCGGAUCACGCGGCGAGUCGACUUCGUUGACUGUGAGCACAAAGGGCUGAGAUGGCGGUGGCGGGAUGUCGGGGUCAGACAGCAGGGGCGUCGUGAUGCUGCCACUGGACAAGGUCGACGCGCUGCCUGUGGAGAAGGCCACUGACGCAAAUUCCGUCGUUCGGCUUCUGAGCAUGAGGACUGUGUGACAAAAUGGGCGGAUCUGAGCAUUCAGUGAUCCGUCCCACGCCCUCGGUGACCUGCGUCUGCCGUUGAAACACCUGAAGUGCGUCACAUUCG